AUGGGCAGCCGUUUCUACUUUGGAGGCUCUGACGAUUCUGGCUCCGAACUCGACGGCAAUGACUCCAGUCUACCUUUCCCCAAGCCGCUUGUACGCUCAGCGUUUCUCGUACCAGAUUUCGAUCCCACCACAUUCCUUGCAAACCUCUCCGACCGAUAUCAGACAUUGGAGGAUUUGCGGAAUGAGCUGCGAGAGCUGAGCCAGUCUCUAAGCAAAGAACUUCUCGAUCUCGUCAAUGACAAUUAUCAGGAAUUUCUAUCACUUGGUAGCACACUGCGGGGUGGAGAAGAGAAAGUGGAGGAGGUCAGAGUUGGCCUCCUAGGCUUCCAACGAGACCUGCAUGCGGUUCGAGGGAAGGUGGAGCAACGGAGGGAAAAUGUGGCUGCUUUGAUUGAUACGAAAAAAUCAACAAUGAAGCAAAUACAGAUUGGCAAGUCAUUGCUGCAGAUUGCGGAACAAAUUGAACAUCUCGAGGCAAGCCUGAUGAUUGCAGCAACCACUGAUGGGAGCCCGAACGGAUCAGACGACCAAAGGGAGAUUCUUUCUGACGAAAGUGAUGAAGAUGCUGACGAAGGAGGAGCGUCGUUGCAUCGUCUGGAGCGUCAUGCCGAACAAUUUAUGGUCCUCAAACUGCUUCUUCGACGCCACAGCCCUACACAGCCAUACAUCAUCAGUCAGACGAACCGUAUCGCCCGGAUCAAAUCGACCCUUUCCCUCGAUCUUGAGGGAGCCUUGAAAGCACUCAAAUGUGGGCAGAAAGAUCAUCGGGGCGAUGAUUCGCGUAUAGACCGACUCGAGACGCUGCUUGUCUCUACGAAUGAGCUGGAGCAGCCAGCAGAAGCUACCUAA